CCCCCCCCCCCCCCCACCCACCACCCCCCCCUUGCCGCCCUGCUGCUCCUCCCGUGUUUCUUUCCUCACUCCAACUCCGAGGCAUGUCUCUCUCCGCCGACACCAUGACACCGGCCGAGGCCCGGCAGUCGGUAGCCUCCUUCCUGGGUCACUUCCUGCGGGUGACGCUGACAGAUCAGCGGACACUGACCGGGAAGUUUAUCUGCGUCGACCACAACUGCAGCCUGGUACUGGACAACGCUGAGGAGGCCUUUGGUGCUGACAAGCGGUUCAUCGGGAGCGCUGUCAUUGCCAAGCAAUUCAUCCAGUCCAUCGAGGUGGAUUCCAUCGCGCUGUGAGGACUUCGCAGCCAUGUCCCCUGUCCAUCCCUGCAUUCUGAUACAUGAGCUGAUUUUUUUUUUCACAUCUAUGGUGCAUUCUAUGAGUCAUGAUACAUGGAUCGGUGGCCCCUUGAUGAAGAGGGUGCGAGAAACUAGGGCAGGAGACCCGCGCCGCCGAGGCACAAAUAAAAAAGUGGCGAAGCGGCA